UGCGCUUUCGUGUUUUCGACAACUUCCUUCCGUUUCACCGACUAUCGUACAUAGGUACCGACCAUGAUGCAGGAAGAUUCAUCUGAUUCGAACGGUGAGGGCGGUGAGCUGAACGCUAAUGAAUACGCAUCGAACACGACCAAGCGACAGGUGUAUUUGGAAUUCUCAGAGUUCAGCCCGGCGCAAAUUCGAAAGGUCGAAGACAUUUUUAACCAAUAUGAUGCCAAUAAAGAUGGAUACCUGUGUCGGAAUGAAUUGAAACGUAUGAUGAUCAAACGUCGAGUACCGUGGACUGAAAACUCUUUAAGUCAACUGAUCGAUGAUGCGGACAAAGAUAAAGAUGGAAAAUUGACKUUUAGAGAAUAUUCACUAAUAUAA